CCUGCACCCGCGUGGGGCGUCGAGCGAGAUGGCGGCGCGCAGCCUCGGCAGUGGUGUGGGGCGACUGCUGCGCAGCCUGCACGGGCGCUCCGGACAAUCGGUGUGGUCGCUGAGCGUAUACGGCUCGACCGCCACCCGGCUCCUAGGCAGCGUUCCAGCCGUAGCGCAGCCAGGCUCGUACCCCGCGCUGAGUGCUCAGGCAGCCCAGGAGCCUGCCGCCUUCUGGGGGCCGCUGGCCCGUGACACACUAGUUUGGGACACCCCCUACCACACUGUCUGGGACUGCGACUUCAGGACGGGCAAGAUCGGCUGGUUCCUGGGAGGCCAGUUGAAUGUGUCUGUCAACUGCCUGGAUCAGCAUGUGCAGAAGUCCCCUGAGUCCGUGGCUUUGAUUUGGGAGAGAGAUGAGCCGGGGACUGAAGUGAGGAUCACCUACAGGGAGCUUCUGGAGACCACAUGCCGCCUGGCUAACACGUUGAAGAGGCAUGGAGUGCACCGAGGGGACCGUGUGGCCAUCUAUAUGCCUGUGUCCCCGAUGGCCGUGGCGGCAAUGCUGGCCUGUGCCAGGAUUGGAGCCAUCCACACAGUGGUGUUUGCUGGCUUUAGUGCAGAGUCCUUGGCCGGGAGGAUCAAUGAUGCCAAGUGCAAGGUCGUUAUCACCUUCAACCAAGGACUCCGGGGAGGGCGUGUGGUGGAGCUGAAGAAAAUAGUGGAUGAAGCUGUGAAGACCUGCCCGACAGUCCAGCAUGUCCUGGUGGCUCACAGGACGGACACCAAGGUUCACAUGGGGAAUCUGGACAUCCCCCUCGAGCAGGAGAUGGCCAAUGCGGCCCCCGUGUGUGACCCUGAGAGCAUGAGCAGCGAAGACAUGCUCUUCAUGCUUUAUACCUCCGGGAGCACCGGGUCGCCCAAGGGACUCGUUCACACGCAAGCGGGCUAUCUACUGUAUGCUGCCAUGACGCACAAGCUCGUGUUUGACUACCAGCCCGGCGAUGUCUUUGGCUGUGUGGCUGACAUCGGUUGGAUCACAGGACACAGCUAUGUGGUGUAUGGACCUCUCUGCAAUGGGGCUACCACAGUCCUUUUCGAGAGCACCCCAGUUUACCCUGACGCUGGUCGUUACUGGGAGACAGUGCAGAGGCUAAAGAUCAACCAGUUCUAUGGCGCCCCGACAGCCGUGCGGCUGCUGCUGAAGCAUGGGGAUGCCUGGGUGAAGAAGUAUGACCGCUCCUCCCUGCGCACGCUGGGGUCAGUGGGAGAGCCUAUCAACCAUGAGGCUUGGGAGUGGCUCCACAAGGUGGUGGGUGAUGGCAGAUGUACACUGGUGGACACCUGGUGGCAGACAGAAACCGGUGGCAUCUGCAUUGCACCGCGACCCUCAGAAGAUGGGGCAGAGAUCCUCCCGGGCAUGGCCAUGAGGCCCUUUUUUGGCAUUGUCCCUGUACUCAUGGAUGAGAAGGGCAAUGUUGUGGAGGGUGGUGAUGUCUCUGGGGCCCUGUGCAUUUCCCAAGCUUGGCCAGGCAUGGCAAGGACCAUCUAUGGUGACCACCAGAGGUUCCUAGAUGCCUACUUCAGAGCAUACCCAGGUUAUUACUUCACUGGAGACGGAGCUCACCGGACCGAGGGUGGCUAUUACCAGAUCACAGGGCGCAUGGAUGAUGUCAUCAACAUCAGCGGUCACCGCCUGGGGACUGCAGAGAUUGAGGAUGCAAUGGCUGACCACCCUGCUGUUCCAGAAACUGCUGUCAUUGGGUACCCUCAUGACAUCAAGGGAGAGGCUGCAUUUGCCUUCAUUGUGCUGAAAGAUGACGUCGGUGAUGCAAACAUGGUAGUAAAUGAACUCAAGUUGGCAGUAGCCACCAAGAUUGCCAAGUAUGCGGUGCCUGAGCAGAUCCUGGUGGUGAAGCGUCUCCCCAAAACCAGAUCUGGGAAAGUGAUGAGGAGAUUGCUGAGAAAGAUCAUCACCAGCAGGGGGCAGGAUCUAGGGGACACUACUACCCUGGAGGACCCCAAUGUCAUCACGGAAAUCUUGAGUGCCUUCCAGAAGUACGAGAAGCAGCGAGCUGCCACCAAGUGAGAGGUGUGC